AAUGAAACCUGUACUCAUUUUAGGAUUAUUGAUAUUUGGAAUCACUGCAGUAGAAUUGGAAUCAGGUGUCCCAAUUUUGCUUAAGGAAAUUAAAGCAAUAAAAACAGAACAUACUGAAUUUACAUUUUUACUUGAUUUGGAACUCAGUUAAGGAGGAAAGGUUUCUGAAGUUGUUUCAUUGGUUGGAGAUUUAUUAGAGUAAAUGAAGAGAGACUAACUUAAUGAUGAUCUUGAAUAUGCCCAUGUAAUUUUAGAGAGAUUAAUAAUAUUAGAGAACAACAACUCUAGGAUUAGACAUUGAAUGGUUGAUUAUUGUAUUAAGAAACCUUACAAAGGAAAGACAAGAUAAAAAUAAUUAAUUGAGUGAAUUGAAUUAAAUUCUUGUUGGUUUACAAUAAUAAUUAGAUGCACUUACUGAAUAAUUAAAUAUUCUUAAUGGAAAAGAAGAAUAAUUAAGAUAAACAAGAGCUUAAGAAGCUGCAUCUUAUUAAGCUAGACAAGAAAAUAAUAGCAAAGUAUUGGCUGCAUUGAAUGAAAUUAUUCCUAAAUUAUAAGUGGCUGUUUUUGAUUAAGAUGGAAAAUCAUUAUUGUAAACAGAAUAAUUUGAAAUUGUUGAAAAGAUCAAAAGAGAUUUAGGACAUAAUCAUCCAAUUGCUAUUAUGGUUGCAUUGACAACUAAAUUCGAUGUUCCAACUGUUAAAAGAAUUAUAGAUAAAUUGGAACAUAUUAGAAAUGCUGUCAUUGCUUUAAUGUAAUAAGAAGAUGAAUAAGAAACAUAAAGUCAAGUAAUAUUUUAUUUAUAAUAAAGAUAACAUUUUAAACUGUUCUCUAAGAAAUUGCUGAAUUGAGAGAAAGAUUUUCUAAAGAUUUUGAAGUCACUUCAUAAUUGAUCAAAAAAAGAACUAAUGAUAAGGUAUUUUAUAAUUCAAUUAUUUAAGGUUCUUUUGGAAAAAAGAUUAACUAUCAUAAAUAGAGAUCUAAGUCUCACUGAAUAAUUACUCAUCUAAACUAGAGAAUACAAAGAAUAAUAUGAUGCUGCUUAUGCUGUUAGAAAGGGUAAAAGGUAAUAAUUAUUAAAUUAUAUAAUUUAGAAUUUCUGAAAUUAAAACUGUUUAAUAAGCUUAUGAUCUAGUUGAGAAUCACUCUAAGAAACAUAAACAAUGAU